GUCCCUUCCCUUCCCUCUCCGACGACUGCUUCGACACACACCUCGCCCACCGAUAUUCACCAACACUCCAGCCCUUGGAUGGUCUCUGGACGCACGACUCACGAUCCCCACGACCACGAACGGCGAGCACAUUGAGUGCACGAUACCCGCAGCCUCGGCAGUACCACCAUUGUCGCAUCCGCCAGACAUCCGACGAAGCGGCAGCCACACCUCAUCUCCCACACAAAGAACGACCACGUUGAAAGCGGACGCCACUCCUCCGCCCGCCAUACAACACGCGAACAGUCGGUGACACGCCCCUCUCUGUCACCGACAUCCUCCCCUCCACCCGCCAUGUCGCAAAACUUCACCGGCCGUCGCGCGCCCAACGUGUCGCAAUAUCUGCAGGGUCUCAACGAGGUGCCGCAGCCCGGCCAAAACAUGCAGAACGACUUCCCUUUCGACGAUGCCUUUGACAUCGCCAACGUCGACUUCCUCGAUCUCGAUGCCGUCAAUGCCUUCCCUGGGCAACCCACAUUCGAGCAGGACGCCAAGAAUGCGCAGAACUACCAAUUCAAUGACUUCUCGUCCUUCCCACAGACGGCUGUUCCAUCACCGACAUCCACUAUGCCAUCACCGCCCGCACUCCACGGCAACUAUUCUGCUCAGCAAUUCGCAUCUGGCCCGGCACCCGGCGAGAAGCGCAAGGCUUCUGUCGCCAUGCCCGAUACUGCUGCCGACCUCGAAGAGCAAUCGCGUCUCGCUGCUGAAGAGGACAAGCGUCGAAGAAACACCGCCGCCUCAGCACGUUUCCGAAUUAAGAAGAAGCAACGUGAGCAGGCAUUGGAGAAGCAGGCCAAGGAGAUGAGCGACAAGGUCGCCUCCCUCGAGGGCAAGGUUCAACAACUUGAAAUGGAGAACAAGUGGUUGAAGGAACUCAUCACAGAAAAGAGUGACGUCAAGACCUUGGACUUUGCGCAGAUGAAGAAGGAAUCCGACGGCCGGAAAACGGAGAACCGCACUGAUGGCGUGGGCACAGAAAGCGCUGAUGCGGAGUCCACGGCAUAGCUGUCUACUCCUAUGGCACCUUCCGUCAUAUCCUGGUCACUCCGCUCCAUGUGAGGUCAAUCGCCAAGCAUGGACGUGCAGAUAUCUUGAUGAUCCGAAGGAUGCUUGUUGUGAAAAGUUGAUUUGGUUUUUCCUCUUUGCCUCUCUUCCCCUACCUGCUCCUCAUCAUCACCCUCGACCGCUCUGUUCCCGGUUGUCUUGCCCCCAGCACAGCGUACACGGAACAGAGUUCGGUCUGGCCGCCGUUUGUCAUUUGUCGGCAGGUCUUUAUAUCAAGCUUGUUGCGUUUGAGCAAUACCCCUCGGAAUACAACUUACGGGGUUCUCUCGAGAAUUUGGAUAGGAUAGAUUUUCAUGAAAUGACAAUGAAGAGGAUCGGUCUAAUGAUCUGAUGAAUUUAUUUGUUG